UCACUCGCUGAGGUUCAAUCUCUCAGCUCUCGGGCAGACCAAACAGUGGAAACCGUGUCUAAUACCGUGGAGCAUAAGGACACAAUACCCCGCAGCACUGUAACCAAGGAGAGUGAAAAAGCGAGAGGCACCGUUAUACGGCAUUGGAUAAGGAGUCAGAACGAGACAUUUAACUGAAAACCCACGUCCACCAGACGACAGGAAUUAACAAAAAACUGCAUUCUGCAGAAAAUAAAAGAAAACCUGCGAAUUAUUUUAAAUAUUUCCCCUUCUGUUUAUUUUUUCUGGGUACCGGUAAUGGGUGGAUGUGUAUAGGAUGUAACCUCGUUCUUGUCAUUUCCACUGCAUUUUGUGAUUCUUCUACGACAAGGGAAUUGUAAAGGAGAGCUGCAUACAAAUAGGAUUUGGGGGUAACCGAAUAACAGACUCAUACACACGGAAACAAAAAGAGGCAAAAAGCAAAGGAGAAAAGAGAGCAGAUGCAUGAUUAAGGCAACCUGCCUACAUGAGGAUUGGUUCUCCGCUUAUCGGAUUGGGAGAGCUUGCAAUGGAACGACUGAACAAACGAGGGACCUGGAACAAACGGGUGCUGCUUCUUCUCUACGUGGCCUUCGGACUUAUAACCGGUCACUCAUCCACGGUGUUGGGAACCCUAGACCUACAGCUGGAUGAGGAGCAGCCAGCUGGCACUAUCGUGGGGGACAUCAGUGCUGGGCUUCCCCCUGGAACCACUGCCUCCUUGUACUUCAUAUCAGACUUGGAAAGCACAGGGGUUGGCAGCGACUUGCACAUUGAUGAAACCACCGGCAUUAUUAAGACAGCCAAAGUCCUGGACCGGGAGACCAGGGACCGCUACAACUUUAUUGCUGUCACCAUGCAGGGGGUGACAGUGGAGGUAACAAUUGUGGUCAAUGACAUCAAUGACCAUGCACCCAGCUUUCCUAAGAGCAGGGCUACUUUGAAGAUCCCAGAACAAACAGCAAUAGGGACUAGGUUUUCCUUAGAACCAGCAUCUGAUGCUGAUAAAGGCCAGCUCAGUACACAGGGUUACCUAGUAAAAAAUGGCAACAUGGGACAAGCUUUCCGACUUCAGACCAAGAGAGGCUCCAAUGAGGUCUUGUACUUGGAUCUUGUGGUAAAUGGGAUCCUGGAUCGAGAGCAGGUAUCUUCAUAUUCCUUGUACUUGGAAGCUUUUGAUGGUGGCUCUCCAAGGAAGACAGGGCAUAUGAUUCUGGAUGUCUUGGUCCAAGAUAUAAAUGACAAUGCCCCUGUCUUUAAUCAGAGCCGCUAUCACACCCUGAUCUCUGAAAACAUGAAGCCUGGUAGCACCAUCCUGCAGGUGUUUGCUUCAGAUGCCGAUGAGGGAGACAAUGGACUAGUCAUCUAUGAGAUUAACAGAAGGCAGAGUGACCCUGACCGAUAUUUUCUUAUUGACCCACACACAGGCAUAAUAACCCUCAGCAAGCCCCUUGACUAUGAAAUGAGAAAAGUCCAUGAGUUGGUGGUCCAAGCUCGGGACAACGCCAGCCAACCAGAGAUCACCAAUGCUUUUGUGUCCAUCCAUGUGCGUGAUUACAAUGAUAACCAGCCUACCAUGACCAUCAUUUUCCUCAGUGAGGAUGGGUCCCCACGGAUCUCUGAGGGAGCCCAACCAGGCCAAUAUGUUGCACGAAUUUCAGUAUCUGACCCAGAUUAUAGCGAGUACUCAAAUGUAAAUGUCUCCUUGGAAGGGGGAGACGGCAAGUUUGGUCUAACCACUAAGGAUAACAUCAUCUACCUCAUUUGUGUUGACAAGAUUUUAGACAGGGAAGAAAGAGAUUCCUAUGAACUGAGGGUGAUGGCCACUGACUCAGGGACCCCUCCAUUGAGGGCAGAGUCCUCAUUUACAAUUCAGGUCACUGAUGUCAAUGACAACCCCCCUCUUUUUGACCAGCAGGUAUACAAGCAAACUAUCCCCGAGGUGGUCUACCCUGGCAGUUUUGUCCUUCAGGUGACAGCCAGAGAUAAAGACCAAGGUCCCAAUGGGGACGUCAAAUAUAGCAUCCUCCAAGACCGUGGGACACAUUCUGAUUGGUUUACAAUCGACCCAGUUACCGGGAUCAUCACCACUGCAACAGAGCUGGAUUACGAGACAGACCCCAAGCCAAGAAUUAUUGUGGUGGCCACAGAUGGAGGCCGACCUGCUCUGUCUUCCACAGCUGUGGUCAGUGUAGUCUUGCAGGAUAUAAAUGACAAUGAGCCUGUUUUCGAUAGUAACUUCUACAAUGUCUCAAUCAAGGAAAACACAGCUGCGGGAACUUGCUUUCUUCAGGUGACGGCAACAGAUGCAGACGGAGGAUCUUUUGGCACCAUAUUCUACUCCAUAGGCUCUGGGAUCGGCAGCGUGGUCCCCAACCAGUUCACCAUCGGGGAAGAGACGGGUCAGAUUUGUACCAGCUUAACCCUGGACCGGGACCAGGGGCCCUCCAGCUACGACUUCACUGUCACUGCUGUGGAUGGGGGGGGGCUCAACUCCAUGGCCUAUGUGAAAGUGUUCCUGGUUGAUAUAAAUGAUAAUAGUCCAGUUUUCUACCCGAUCCACUAUGCAGUCAGCCUCAGCACGCAGAGUGCACCUGGCACCUCCGUCAUUAAGGUGACCGCCCACGAUCAGGACGAGGGGCAGAAUGGGAGGGUGACAUACAGCACAGCGCCUGGGGGCAGCUCCCCAUACUUCACACUUAACAAAGACACAGGAGUAAUCUCGCUGUCUCGCUCUCUCCAUGGGAAGGCAAACUCUGUGAUCCAGCUGGUAAUCUCGGCACAGGACGGGGGCGGACUAACAGCAAAGGUCAACGCCCGGGUCAACAUCAGUGUUGUCGCAGGCUCAGUGGUGCCUCCAGUGUUUGAACAAGCACACUACUUCUUCACUGUGUCCGAGGACGUCCUGAGGGGGACACAAGUAGGCACAGUGCGAGCAAGCAGUGGACACGGUCGUUCGGAGGGAGUCUACUACACUAUAUCUUCUGGAGACUCUGAUGGUUACUUCACUGUUGACUCAGAGACAGGUGCCCUUCGAACCAGCCGCCCACUGGACCACGAAGCCCAGCCCUCUUUGGAGUUAGAGGUACAGGCCCGGAGUGGGUCACCACCAGCAUUUGGACAAACACAAGUCCGAAUUACCAUUGCAGACAUCAAUGACAACGCUCCCUCCUUCCUGCCCUCGUCCUCUGAGUCCUUGCUACUGGCAGAAGCCACUGAUAUGGGCACAUUGGUGUACCAUGUGAGGGCAGAGGACCGUGACUCAGGCCCCAAUGGGCAGCUGCACUUUGACCUACUCUCCAGCGGGGGGCAGCGCACCUUUGGCAUUGAGCGCAGCACAGGGGAUAUCCGGCUUAUUGGUGGCUUGAGCUACGAGACUAUGCCCCGUUACGACCUCAAAGUGGUGGCCAAGGACAGUGGGGUCCCCCAGCUGAGCACCACCUUCACACUGGUUGUACAUGUGCAGGCGGAGAAUGACCAAGGUCCUGUUUUUGACACUCUCACCUACCGCGUGGAGCUGAAAGAAGGGACCCCGCUCAACACUCGCUUUCUCCAGGUGAGGGCUUUAAAUCGCGAGACCACUACUACCAGCAGCACUACAGGAUCCUCUUCCACCAUACUGGCAUAUCAUCUCCGCCCAGAUGGAGACGCAGCUGGAUUUGGGAUUGCCCCUGACAGUGGAUGGCUAUUUGUUAAGAGCGUACUAGACAGGGAAACUAAGGACCUUUACCUGCUGACUGUCCUGGCCACCUCGGGUACCGGGCAGCUGAAGAAAACGGGCAGCGCCACUGUGCGUAUUUCAGUGACAGACGAGAAUGACAACGCUCCUCGGCUCACCCAGGAGCGUGCUUUCUUGGCCGUGCGAGAGAACCUGCCCCCAGGGACUGGGUUUGGGAGGGUGGCUGCCACUGAUCGGGAUGCAGGUCUCAACAGUCGUCUAACCUUCAGACUCCUGCAUCCUGACCGAAAUUUUCAGAUGAACUCCCAGACAGGUGAGAUCAGCACUCGGACAGCCCUGGACCGUGAGCACCAGUCCAGUUACCAGCUGGUUGUGGUGGUCCAGGAUGGGGGCACCCCUCCACGUAGUGCCACAGGCACCGCCCACAUUACUGUACUGGAUGAGAACGACAAUGCUCCUGCCUUCACACACGCACCCCCUGGGAGGGAACUGGUACUGCAGGUGUUGGAAGGCAAGCCCUCUGGGACCUUGCUCGGCUCAGUUCAAGCCAAAGAUCCUGAUGAAGGUGAAAAUGGGACAAUCUACUACUCUCUAUCUGGCCCCAGGGCAGAGCGUUUUUCCCUAAAUCCAAACACUGGAGAGCUACGGUUAGCUGCCCCCCUGAGCCGCACCGACAGGGCUGACUAUACCUUCACUGUGACAGCUACAGACAGGGGUUCAUCUCCACAGAGCACCUCUGCAGCCCUGCGCAUACAGGUCCUGAAUCCCAGUAAGUUCCUGCCCCACCCAGGCUCGCCCACUUUUACCCUGAAGUCUUUAGAGGGUAUCAAACCAGGAUCAGUGGUGGGUUCUUUGGGCUCAAAAGACCUCCAGCGGCACCCAGAGGACGGUCAAGUGACUUACACAGUAGUGGGCAGCACUGACCGCGACGGCACAUUUGUGGUAGACAGACUAACGGGUGAUAUCUAUCUGGCACGAGAGCUAGAUUACGAGCAAGGGGCACAUUACACCCUUCAGAUUGAGGUGGAUGACUUCUCCAGAGCCUACCCAACCAGUCGGAUCAUCCUAGUAGACAUUGACGUGCAGGACAGCAAUGACCAUGUGCCGCAAUUCCCAGAGGACCCGGUGACCAUUGUCAUUCCAGAGAACAUGGUGGCUGGAUCCUCCAUUUAUACCUUCCAGGCUGUGGACAAAGAUGGAAGUGGCCCAAACAGUGACAUUCACUAUUCCAUCCUCCAGCAGUGGCCCACUAAUGAUGAGAACCUGGCACUAGACCCUGUGACUGGGGUUGUGACUCUGGGAAAGAGCCUGGACCGCGAAGUUACACCCUCCCUCCUCCUCAUCGUCCAGGCAGUGGACCAAGCUCUUAACGUUAGCCAGCGGCGCUCCAGCUCUGUGACAGCGCGAAUCUUUGUGACCGAUGAAAAUGACAAUGCACCUAUCUUUAGCUCCCCAACCGCUGUCAGUGUCAUGGAGGACCAGCCAAUUGGUUUUGUUGUCCUCUAUGUGAUGGCCAGAGACUCUGAUUUGGGGGAGAGUGGACGUGUGGCAUACCAAAUUCAAUCAGGGAAUGCUGGCGGCAGGUUCAAUCUGAACCCCAACUCUGGUUCCCUCUCCAUAGUGAAGGCUUUGGACCGGGAAGAGCAAGGACUCUACAACUUGACUAUCAUUGCAGAGGAUCAUGGUUCCCCCCAGCGCACCACUUUGCAGCUACUGUCUGUUCAGGUGAUCGAUGUAAAUGAUGAGGCCCCUCAAUUCCAGGAAGCUGAAUUUGAGGCACAAAUCUCAGAGAACCAGCAUGCUGGCACCUCUGUACUGACAGUCACUGCUACAGACUGUGACCAAGGUUCAAAUGGCUUUGUGACAUAUGGAGGGAUAGUGGAGGAUGGGUUUACCAUUGAUCAAGCAACAGGAGUCGUAACAGCAACCCGAGUCCUUGAUCGUGAAGUGCAAGACCGCUACACUGUCACAGUCUAUGCUAAAGAUGGUGGACUCCCUCCUAAUUUUGCCACAGCGACAGUGAGGAUUACAGUCUUGGAUGAGAAUGACAACUCGCCUGCUUUUGAGAAAGACUCAUACCACCUAGAGGUGCCAGAGAACCAGGAGCCUGUGGCAUUGUUCACCAUGAAAGCCAUGGACCACGAUUCUGGAGAGAAUGGCAGGGUGGAGUACAAGAUUGUUGCAGGGGACCCAGCUGGUGAUUUCCAUAUCGAUGGCAACUCUGGUGUCCUCUCUACUUCCCAGCCUCUUGACAGAGAAAGGAUUGCCAGAUAUUAUUUGACCAUUGAAGCACGGGAUCAUGGGACACCCCAGCUGAGUAGCAUAGCCAGCGUGGUUGUUAAGGUCCUGGAUGUCAAUGACAACAACCCCAUGUUCAAAGAAGGCGCUUACACUAUUGAUAUCUCUGAAGACGCCCCAAUUGGUACUUUGGUGCUUGACAUAACCGCCACAGAUGCUGACGAUGGAACUAAUGGCAUGGUCCUGUACUACUUGAGCAAUGAAUCACUAGGCAUGUUCAACGUGAAUCAGGAGACCGGGAAGAUCACUACAGCUGAUCUGCUGGACCGGGAGAAGAGAGCAGCGUACAGCUUCCUGGUGAAUGCUGUGGACUCCUCCCCUGCCAAACCAAGGAAUGCAAGCGCACGGGUGACAGUCAAUAUCAAAGAUGUCAAUGAUAACUCGCCCUUUUUCAUCCAGGACCCACUCAUCAUCAACAUUUCCAGCAGCGUCUCAAUCAACCAAGUGGUGGCCACCAUGAGAGCAGAAGACAAAGACUUUGGGGCCAAUGCAUCCAUUUUCUAUCGCUUUGCCUCCCUGGUGGCUGGGUUUAGUAUAAACUCUUUCACAGGUGAAAUACGACUAGUGGCCCCACUGUCCUCCAUGACCCAAAUGGAGAGGACCUUGUAUGUGGUGGCCACGGACCAGGGCACACCUGCACAGUUAUCCACAGGGGUGGUGGUCAUUUACGUCAAGGAGGAGGACUACAGGGGAGUCCGCUUUCCACGCAGUGCCAGAGAUGUCUCCCUGCAAGAAAAUGCAGCCUCAGGCACAGCAGUGGUUCAGAUCCAGGCGCAGUACAGUGAUGGCUCCAGAAGAGGAAUCAGCUAUAGCAUCUUCAGUGGAAAUAAACUCAAUUCAUUCAGCAUCCGUCCCAACACAGGUGAUAUCUGGGUGCAGAACUCAGAUGGCCUAGAUUUUGAGAAGACUCCACGGCUCCGCUUAGUGGUGAAAGCAGACUCUGCAUCCUCUCUCUCCUUCAUGGCUGUCAAUCUCAACCUUCAGGACGUCAACGACAACCUACCACGAUUCCAGCUUCAGAACUACAUCGCCUAUAUCUGGGAGGCACAGGGCUACGACUUCCCCAUCAUCCAGGUAUUGGCAGAUGACCCAGACCAGGGCCAGAAUGGUCAGGUGACCUAUUCUAUUAAGUCGUCUACAAUGAGUGGGCUCUUCAAAAUCGACCCCCUGACAGGAAGUAUAACAACAGCAGCCAUAAUGGACAGAGAAAUCUGGACUCACACAAAGCUGGUGGUUACGGCGACAGACAGGGGAAGCCCAAAGUUAGCUGGCAUAGCUACUGUCACUGUGGUCAUCGUGGAUCUGAAUGACAACAGUCCUACAAUCCCACUGCCACAAGAGAUUCGAGUGCCUGAGAACACCUUAAUUGGUACAGAGCUAACCCAGGUUACAGGAAAUGAUGUGGACUCAGGCCCUGCCCUCUCAUACACACUUCUGCUAGAUGGCAGCUCCAUUGGAAAGUUUGGAAUCCAUCGAUAUGGGGGUGUGAUCUCGCUGACUGCCCCGCUUGACUUUGAGGAGAGGAGCUGGUACACACUUACCAUCUGCUCCUCUGACUCCAAACACAAAAGCGAGGCAAACCUGACCGUGCUUGUGGAAGAUGUGAAUGACAAUGCACCUGCUUUCACCCAGGACCUCUACCAGGUAACACUCCCUGAGCACUCGCCACCUGGCAGCUCAGUUGUCACGGUAACCGCUACUGACCGAGACUCUGGCGGCAACGGGAAGAUCACCUACAGGGUGAUGUCAUCAACCAGGGGCGGCUUUUACAUAGACCCGAGUAAUGGUACCCUGUUUAUAUCUCAGAGGGCAGAAUUUGACCCUGAAAAGCCCUCAGUGAGUGUGGUGAUCGAAGCACGGGAUGGUGGAACACCAGCUCUGUCAUCCAACACUACAGUUCAAGUGCAGGUUUCAGAUGUCAAUGACAAUGCACCCCGCUUCAAACAAUCGGAGUACAAAGCCACCGUCUCGGAGGACCUGUUGCCAGGCUCCACAAUUCUGACAAUUGAGGCAGUGGACAGCGACCUCUCACGGGAGAACUGUGGCUUUGACUUUGCCAUUGCCAGUGGGAACCCUGGGAAUGCCUUCCAGAUUGAGAGCAGUGUCCGCUUCCUGGAGGGACAGGGUUUUCAGACAGUGGGGACACUCAUACUGGUGGAGCGUCUGGAUUUCGAGACCAUGUCAAGGUACAAUUUGAGUAUAGUAGCCUCAGACCGAGGGGUCCCCCAAAGAAGCUCAAGUGUGCCUGCUGUAAUUACCAUUACCGACUCUAAUGACAACCCCCCCUCCUUUGGACGCACAGAAUACAAUGUGGUGCUGAGCGAAGGAGCAGCAGCCGGUACCGAGCUCUUGCGAUUAUCUGCCUAUGAUCCAGACUCCGCUCCCAAUGCUGUGAUCCGCUAUGUCAUCAGCUCAGGGGAUGAAGCUGAGCUGUUUGGAAUGGAUGAGUGGACGGGGGCACUCAAGCUGCUGCGGCCACUGGAUCGUGAAGCCAAGGCUUCUCACAUGGUUAUUGUCCAAGCUUCAGAUGGGCAGGGGCAGUUUGCCCUGGCUCCGGUGAGUGUGGAAGUCAAAGACAUUAAUGACAAUAAGCCCUACUUCCCCUUGGAGACACUGACAGCCAGCAUAAGAGAAAACCAGCCUACCGAUUCUCUGGUCACUGUCCUGCAUGCUAUUGAUUUCGACACUGGUGUCUACGGCCAGGUACGCUACUACAUGGUCGACCAAAACGGGCAGGGAAAGGACUCCUUUUCAGUGAACCAGGCCUCAGGAGAGGUGCGAGCCAAGCUCACCUUUGAUUUUGAGAAGGCCAACACCUAUCAGUUCAUGGCACUGGCUUUGGACACUGGCAACUAUUCAGCCACUGUGACUGUACAAGUGCUGGUGACUGGAGAGGAUGAAUAUGAUCCAGUUUUUGUCUCACAGGCUUACUUAUUUGAAGUCCCGGAGGGAGCCACAAAAGGCCAGAGCAUUGGGCGAGUGUUAGCUAAAGAUGAAGAUGCUGGUGCAGACGGAAUUGUGCUCUACACUUUUGCUAAUGGCUCACCUUAUUUUGGUGUCAAUGAAACCACAGGUGUGAUCUACCUGAAGAUGGACAGUCAAAACCACCAUAGUGGGGGACGAUCAAAGAGAGACGCACGGCAGAUGAACCUUGAAGUAAAAGCCCAUAGCCCGUUACCAGCUUCUCGCAUUACCACUGCCCAAGUCAACAUUGAUGUCACACACACUUCUUUCGGGCUGCCCCCUGAGUUCAACUUUUUGCUGGUCAUUGUCAUAGCAGCUUCCCUUGCGGCUGUCGUGAUCCUAGUAGUGAUUGCUGUGGCCUUGUUUGUGGUAAGAUCCAGGCGAAAGAAAAAGGAGGAAAAUGACAAUACCAACAUUGCCUCAUCAGGCACUGCCAUGCAGAAACUUGAUGAAUCCCAUUUAACAGGUGUAGAGAGGAUCUACCACCAGGCUCUUCCCGGAUAUACAGGCGAGCAAACCUCAGGCAUGGGUGGCACAGGUGGAGGAGCAUACACAAGGGGAGGAUCCCUUGAUCCCUCACACUCCAGUGGACGUGGCUCGGCAGAGGCAGAAGCCGCUGAGGAUGAUGAAAUACGAAUGAUCAACGAGUACCCACGGGUAUCUAGCAUAUCCUCUUCCAUGCAGGACCACCUCUCAACACGGGGACCUGAUUCUGGGAUCCAGCAGGAUGCAGACCAGCUUUCAGACAUCUCCUGUGAACCAGGAAUGGAGGCAGGGCAGUGGUUCAAGGGGAAGAAAAUUGGCAGCCUCAGUGGAACACUGUUACCUGGACAGCAUCCCAUUUACAGAGAUGAGGGUGGGGGGUACCUGGGGGUUGGGCGGGGGUUAAAUAUCUCACACCCUAAGGAUUAUGUCUUCCCUGAGGAUGGCAAGCCUUCAGUGGAUGGCUCCCUCACAGCUAUUGUGGCCAGUGAUGAAGAGCUUAGGGGUAGCUAUAACUGGGACUACCUGCUGGACUGGUGCCCGCAGUUCCAACCCCUGGCCAGUGUCUUCACAGAGAUAGCUCGGCUAAAAGAUGAAACUGCUCCCCCCAACCCCAGAAGACCCUUUCAGCCCAAAGCAAAGACAGAUCCCAAACCAAGAAUAGAUCCGCCACCUCUUAUCACUUCUGUGGCACACCCGGGAGCCAAAUCGGUGCCUCCAAAACCAGCCAUUGGACGGACUUUUCCUCACCUGGCUUCUCUCCGCCGUUCCCCCAUCAGCCACGAGGGCUCCAUAUCAUCAGCAGCCAUGUCCCCUAGCUUCUCCCCCUCCCUCUCCCCACUGGCAGCCCGAUCACCUGCUGUCUCCCCCUUCGGUGUUACCCAAGGGCCCUCAGCCUCCAUGAUUAGUACCACUGAACACUCUUUAGAUCACCCAGGUGAAGCAGAGAUGAGGAUUUAACUCACUGAACACAGCUGCUGCUUGACGGUGAACCUUCCGUGAAAUGCAUCUGUUUUUGAGUGUACAUUUGGGGAUGGACGUACAGUGGAGUUAUCUCUCCUGUCUGAUAACUCUGAGGGUUAAGUUGAAACUGCUUGAUAAGAAGGGCAUACUUUAAUUUGUAGGCCUUUGGAUACAAAAAAAACCCUGAAAACCUUGUAGUAUUGUAACUCAAUCUGUAAAUAUUGUUUGGAGUUGAGGAGUCAAACAUUCAGAUAUUCUGUGGUCAGUUUCCCAUUAAUAUUAAAAAAGGAUCCUUUUGUAAGGGUAUACUAGUCUUUCUUUGAACAAGACUGUGUAAUGUAUUUCUCUGGAUUUCCCCUCCGAUUCUUUUUGCCUCACCGAUAUUGACCAGCACUGGACAAUACAUUCUCUAAGCCAGUACACCCAAAAAGGUUGUUAAGUGGCCCAUGUCUACCAGCCAGCACUUCGAACCAGAAUCACGCCUGCCAGUGGUUAAUUGACCUGUAAUUCAGCUGGGUUUCAAUGAGGAUUUUGAAAAACUCAGAACUUCUAUAAACUCUUGUUUUAGUUAACCUCAAUUGUUGGAAGUAUCAUGUAAUGGUAUUUGUUUUAAUGCUUGGUCCCCUAGACUGCCUGAAAGUGUGAAUGUUAUUGUAUGUCAAACAACUAGACCUUUCAACUGUGACUGACAUACUUAGUAGAUUUUACUUAGUAAUUAAACAAACGGAUUCUUAGGGGUGCCUCUAGGUUUAUGGUGCUUCCCACUGUAGAUACCUUCCAAACUUACCCUGAAACUGAUCUGUAUCCCUGGAUAUAAGCUGGUUAUGAGAUAUAGUUUGUGUGCCCCUCACUGGCUGGCCAGGAGGUUGAGAGUUUGUGGUUCUUAAUAGAGGCUGGGAGGUCGGAAAAUGUUUAAGCUGUAAUGCUGUUAUGGAGAACUUAAUGGCUAUCCGUGCCUCAUUUUGUUUUAGAACAUCGCAGUUUAGAAGAAGAGCUGUGCUACAGAGGCCAGAAGAUAUCGGAAUCUAUCAAACAUCGAGCAGUUCCCAAAAACUAAAUAAUCUUAUGUUUGGGCUUUUUAUUAUUAUUUUUUAAAAAGACGUUUGUUUCAGACUACAUCGUGGCAUCACCUUUUGUCAAGGGAUGCCAUUGCCUUGUUACAGUAUAAAAGGUAUGAAUGUAUUGUACAGCCAGAAUAACCAUUUGUACGUAUGUUUAAUUCAGAGACUGUUGUUGUAUGUGUCUGUGGAUGAUCAGAAAACUCAUUUUUGUUGUUCCAUUAAUAAAUAUUUAUAAAAUACUGCUCGCUAAACCUGAAUGGACAAAUGGAGUUAUUGAGCUAUGGAAAUAUCAGGAAUCUCUUGCUGUCUUCUGAGACAAUGUUUUGAUUAUUUACCCCUGACAAUCCAAAACAAAUAUGGCUGCCGUAUAAAAGGGGAAAAUGACAGCCUGGCUAUGAAAGGGGCAGUGGUACUGGAAGAGGAAAUUACAUUCUGGCCCUGGCUUCAGGUUCAAUAACGUCUGUCAGCAGUGCUGACCAUACUUAAUUUAUAGACUGUUUCUUACUAAAUAAUUUUAUGUAUAGUUUUUGGUUAGUUUUUUUUGUUGUUGUUAUUGCAAUACAGCAUUACAGUGUCGUAUGUUUGAUUUAUGAAAUAUCCUGCACAGUAUUUAAGGGGGGUUUGCUUUUUUAUGAUGGUCUCUCUAGUUCUGGCUUUGACUAUCGUUAACUGUCAAAAAAGAAGAAUGGAAAAUAUAGUUUUAUUCUCAUAUGUAGAAGCAAAAAUCUCAAAACUUUCUAACUUGUUCCUGAAUAUGUGGUUUGAAGAGAAAACUCUUCCCCUGCAAUAUGGUUGUAAUAUGAGGGAAAAGGUCAGCUGCUUGUUUUGAAAGAUUGGCCUUCUGUUUUCUCUGCACUUCCAUAGUUACCAGACUUCACAGUCAUUUACAUAGACCAUGGGCCAUGGAGUGAGUUGGUAACUGAACUGGGAUACAAAUACAGGAUAUCCUGUCUCCAAGAAUGUUCUUUUACCAAUAGACCAAACAUCCCAGAUCAGGGCCAACUUUACUUACUAAACAAGAGCAGAGAUUGAUA